CACAGAAGCAAUGGCUGUUUUGCAAGCCUUUCUUGACUCUCCUGUGGCCCCAUACUUCUUAGCUGCCAUUUAGAGUGGAUGUGAUGUCAGAUAAGCGUCAGCGUGCAAGAGUCCAGGGUUCCUGGGCCAGACAGCUGCCCAAACCCUCCAGUCAAACAGUUGGCAUCCUAAACAAUCAGCCCACAAAUGCUAACACAGCCUCUGGAACGUGGAGAUUUGGAAACCAAAAACCAUCUAAAGCAUUUGAAUUUCACCAGCCAACCAAGCCAGUAAGAGAAAUCCCACCAGAGAGGGUGAUAGAACAUUCGGGUGAUUAUGAAAUAAGUUCUGGGCCGUCUGGUGUGUCUCGGCUGCGGCUGAGGCCUGGCUUUCUCACAGCAGAAGAGGCUGACUGGAUGUUCAGUAAGCUGCUGGCUGAGCUGCCCUGGUCCCAGAAGACUAACUACAGGCUGGGUGAGGCAUAUGAAGAGCCAAGGCUGACCUGCUGGUACGGAGAGCUGCCGUAUACCUACGCCCGCUCCACCAUGGCCGCCAACCCACAGUGGCACCCGUUGCUGGUUUCCCUCAGGGAGGCAGUGCAGCAGGCCAGCGGAUGCACCUUUAACUCCCUGCUGUGCAACUUGUACCGAGACGGACACGACAGCAUCGGCUGGCACAGCGAUGACGAGGCCUCCCUGGGUCCCAAACCUACCAUUGCGUCUCUCAGUCUGGGUGACACCAGAGUGUUUAGCCUUCGCAAGCAGCCCCCAGCGGAGGAAAAUGGGGACUACACCUAUGUGGAGCGGAUUCGGGUUCCUCUGAGCCACGGGACUCUUCUGCUGAUGGAGGGAGCGACGCAGGAUGACUGGCAGCAUCAAGUGGCAAAGGAGUACCAUGACCGAGGCCCACGCAUCAACUUGACCUUCAGGACUAUCCACCCAGAGCCGGAGGGCCACAGAGCAGGCACAAAGAUGAGAUUUGCUGCAAAGCCGCUGUAGAUUCCCCUCAAAGAGACUCUAAGCUCCUAAAGGGGCGUUUUACCACAGGGAUGAAUAGAUGUAUGCUUUUGAAGAAGGAAUUCUAAAGCCCUAAUUGGUCUGUCUGACAGGAGAAAAAUACAUCAGAUGUUUUCAGUACCAGAGGUUCCACUGACUGGUGGUGCGUUCACUGAAGCCUUUUGUUUCUGGUUACUUUCCUUUCUGUUUUCCUGAACCGAAAAACAGAAAAACCUUGGCUUUAGUUUCCUCCUGCAGCCUUAAACACCCUUUUCUAAUUGUCUCUUUAACAGAUUUCAGAAGUUUGGUUUAAACUCUGGUCAUUUUGGGGAGGAUUUAAAUAUGUGACUGGUUCUGUUAUAGGAAAGGUCCUGAAAGGACAAAUCCAUAGAUGGUUUAAAAUGCUUACUGACUUUAUUAACAUUUGCAUUGAGCCUUGAUUAUUGUCAGGAGUGUUUAAUGGCUUCAGUUUAAAGCGAGAAAUCAGAAAUGAGCAUCUUUGGACGGUCAGUAACAAGAAAUGGUUAAGUUGAAGAAAGGUCUUCUGUCUUCAUUAAAGUCCAAAUGCAAAGCAGAGAAACACUGCAGUUCAGUGGCAGCAGCUUCCUUUGGAAAGUUGGUAGAACAUAAUUUAAAAAUGUUUAGGUUAAAAAAAAACUCCCAGAGUUUUUU